UUGCCAAGCUGGGUAACGCUAGCUUGUAAUCCGAGUGGGCGCCUUAAGGUAAUGGGACGGUGGUCUAGCCCAUAGUAUCGGGUCUGCUGAUGCUAAUUUCUGGCUUGCCCGUUCCAAACCGGCCGUUAAACCUCAUGACUCGAGCGAAAGCUUGGGCUACCUUGUUUCUAGAGUGGAGGGGGCCGCGUGAGGCUGGUUUCACAGAGCAGCGAAAUCCUCCCCCGCUCGGCAGUGGAAGGAUAACAGGCUGGUGCUUCUCAGGCCUACCAUGGCACAAGCGGUUCUGGUCCAAUAUCGGUGAGUCCGUUAAGAAGGAAACUGGGUUUGAUUUGGGUGAGGCUAAUGUGAAGGCUAGUGAAUUUGGGAGGUCAGUGAAGGAAGUGGUCAAGAAGGGUGAGGACGAGUUUGCACGGUUUAGCACUGAAUUGCUUGUCUUUCGCACGGUAGGUUAUUCUGGGGCAGAUAUCAGAAAUCUUGUAAAUGAAACAGCAAUAAUGUCUGUCGAGCCUGUGAGGAAAGGACAUUCCAAGGUUCAUCAGCAAGACAUAAUUGAUGUGUUAGAUAAGCAGUUACUAGAGGGUAUGGGUGUGCUCCUUACAGAGGAAGAGCAGAGGAAAGUUCAAGGAACGGUAUGUGCUUGAACUUGUUAUUCUCGUUUGGCACCUUAAAAGUUUGUUUUUA